UCUAUUUUUAUUGUAUGUUUUUAUAUAACUUCAUUACAAAUUCAUAUAUAUUAUAUUAUUACAAUUUUAUUUUAUUACGACAUAUAAAUGCAUUACAAGACUGUAUUCAGAAAUACCUAAAGUAUCGAUUUAUAUAAAAUAAAUUUUACAAUGCCACUUAUUAUUAUUACCGGUAUACCAUGCAGUGGUAAAACAACACGCACUUCUGAAUUAAAAGAAUAUUUUAUAAAUAAAGGAAAAAAUGUAGAAAUUAUAAAUGAAAUUGAUAUUGUGACUAAAAGAGGUUUUGAUAGAAAUAAAUUUUAUGCUGAUUCUAAAAACGAAAAAAGUGUGAGAAGUGACAUAAAGUCAAUGGUUCAACGAAUGUUAAAUACAAAUGAUAUAUUAAUUAUUGAUGGUAGUAAUUAUAUUAAAGGAUAUCGCUAUGAGAUUUAUUGUAUAACAAAAUUAUAUAAAACUCCUCAGUGUAUAAUAUUCUGUGAUAUACCGAUUGAACAUGCUUGGUUGUGGAAUAAAAGAAGAUCAGAGUAUGAAAGAUAUAAUAGAGAAAUUUUUGAUGCACUUGUAAUGAGGUAUGAAAUACCAGACAGUAAAAAUCGUUGGGACCUACCAUUAUUUGUCACAUCAGCAGAAGAUGAACUAAAAUUUGAUGAAAUUUAUAAAUUGUUAUAUGAAGCAAAAGCACCAAAACCAAAUUUAAGUACACAAUGUCCACCAUUAUCAUCGACUAAUUAUUUAUAUGAAUUGGAUGCAGUCACUCAAGAAGUAAUUAAUGCAAUAUUAUCAACUAAGCAAUUGGGUAUUGAAAAUGAAUUUAAAAUACCAGGUUGUAAUUUAACAGUACAAAACUCGUGUACUGCAGCACAGCUCAUGAGGUUACGAAGACAAUUUUUAACUUAUAGUAAAAUGCAACAAAUUGAAAUUAAUCAAAUUGCAUCAUUAUUUGUACAAUAUCUUAAUAAAAGUUUAUAAGUAA